AUGUGUAACCAAAGAACAGAGAAGUGGGUUUGCAAAUACUGCGAGAAACCCGUCAAGGAAGUCACCUACUUGACCAGCAAAUGCGAAAGCCAGUCAGACACCGGUGUCUGCAAGGAAACGGGAAAGACAUGCUACGAGACCAUCGACAUUAUGUGUCAAACAAUCGAAACCACCUGGGUUUGCGCCACAUGCUCCAAGACGAUUCUGGAAAAGAAGUCCAAGAAGAAUGUUUGUGAGUCAUCCAAGAAGGGAGGUAUUUGCACCCAGGCGUCGCCAACUCUGUUGGACUACGUUUACGUGACUGAUGCAGAUUGUGAGAUUUGCAAGCGUAUGAACUAG